AUGGGGUGGCGCGACGCCGCGCUCGCGGUGACCGCGGAUGGGACGCUCGCGAAUGGAUCGAGGUGUCGCGCGCGGGCGCGGAGCGACGUCGAGGACGGCGCGGAUCCGCGGCGGGCGAGGUGGGAGGUCGAGCUCGACGUCGAGCGAUGCGCGGGGUCGGGUGACGCGACGUCGAGCGGGUUUCGGGCGUAUCACGUGAACGCGGAGGCGAACACGGUCGCGCGCGAGGCGGCGUUGGAGCUCGGGAGCGCGCACGGGGAUUUCGGGUUGGAGUUCACGCAGAGCGUCGUCGUGCGCGUCAGGGGGGGGGGAGGGGGGUUGUUGAUGAUUCCUUCGAAGGCGACGUGGUCGGUGGGGACGCCGACGACGCGGUUCGACGCGUUGAAGUAUUCACUCGACGACGGGAACGGCGACGGGAACGGCGACGGGAACGGGACGGAAGAAUCUUCGGAACGAGACGAGAAGAAGGCGAGCGCGAGGUUGGAAAUUGACACGUUGCAGAGCAAUGAAAAGCCCGCGACGCCGAGGACGCUCGCGGCGAAGGUGCAGUGGGCGCACGAUUUCACCAAGCGCGGCGGCGGCGGCCCACUCGCGACGUUCACGGCGCACUCGAAACCGCCAUCAACGUCGCCUCGCGCGCUCGAUUUGAAAGUUCGAGCGACGACGAAUACAUUGUCGACGCACACCGCGCGCGUCACCGCGCGAGCGAAGAUUGACGAUGACACGCACGCGCAAAUCGUCACCAAGACAAAAUUUCAGCGCGCGUCGCACGGCGUCGAUCUCGAGCUCGGUCGUGCCUUCGCCCGAGACGCCGCAAGGGCCAAGAUUGUCCUGCAAUACUCUAUUCCUUCGGGCAAGCGCGGUGCACGCGUGACCGCUGAGGACGGGAAAUGGUCUUCGUACUCCGCGCGCCUGGCGCGAGACGAGUACAAAAUCGAAGCCAAGUUUGCGCUUCGUCACAUCCUUGAGGUCCGUCUCGGUGCCAAGUACGAUCGCUCCGAGCGCGUGAGUACAACCCACUCAAAACCCAAAUCCGACGCCUUCGUCGCGUUCGGCCUAGCCUUAGAGUCGUAG